AGGCCCCGCCUCCUAACGCGAUCCCCUGUGGACUCCAGGGGAGGAGAUUAGCGCCCCUUGCCCCACUCUCCUUGGGCCUGUGUUCCCGGAGGUCCGGGGGACUGCAGCCUUGGUGUGCGCCUGACCCUGGUCUCCCUGGUCGGGCCUCCCGGAGCGGGCGCAGUGUGCAAGCAGUGCGUGUGGUGAGGAAGGAAGCCUGAGUCCCAGCAGAGGACACCGCACCGGAGGAUUAACGCCCCCGAGGACCACAGCACCAUGAAGUGGGGCCGUGCAGAUGGAGCUGGUGCUUUCCCAGGCUGCUGCUGAGGGCCAGGAGCCCACUGCCCGCCGCCCUGGCCAUGGCACUGCCCGCUGAGCUCAUCCACAGGGUGGAGGAGGCGCUGGACGAGGAGGAGAAGGAGGUGCUGGCCUUCCUGUGUCGCGAUGUCGCUGAGGAUUUGGUGCCCCACGACGCCCGGGACCUGCUGGCCACGCUGAGCGAGAGAGGCCAGCUGUCCUCCCUGGGCCUGGCCGAGCUGCUCUACAGGGUGCGGCGCUUCGACUUGCUCAAGCGGGUGCUGAGGAUGGACCGGGCAGCCCUGGAGGCCCACCUGUGCAGGCACCCUGGCCUGGUGUCUGACUACAGGGUGCUGAUGAUGGAGAUCGGUGAGGACCUGGACAAGUCCGACAUGUCCGCACUGACUUUCCUCAUGAGGGACUACACAGGCCGCGGCAAGACGGCCAAGGACAAGAGUUUCUUGGAUCUUGUGAUUGAAUUGGAGAAACUGAAUCUGGUUGCUUCAGAUCAACUGGACUUAUUAGAAAAAUGCCUAAAGAACAUCCACAGACUAGACCUGAAGAAGAAGAUUGAAAUGUACAAGCAGUCUGCUCAAGGAGCACGAACAAAUUACACAACUUCUCUGCAAGCCUCUUUCCCAAACUUGAGUCUCGAAGAUCUUUCACAUAAUUUAAGGCUCCAGAAUGGGAGGAGGAAGGGAGAGGCCCUCGAGACACAUCAUCAAAAACCCAUGAAGAUGUCUGUUCAGGAAUCGGGAGCCUUCUCGCCUCAGCGCACGCCCCUGGAGAGGUACCGGAUGCAGAGCAGGCCCCUGGGCACCUGCCUGAUAAUCGACUGCGUGGGCAACGCUGCAGUUGGCCAGUGGCUGGUCGGUGUGCUGGGCAGGGUGGCGGACACUGUUGAUGGAGCCGUGGCCUGACUGACUUGUGACUCUGUACCUGGCCUUGUUCUGCAGAAGUCUUCCCUAGAUCCGUCCUUCAAUCCCCAAAUGCAUGGGGUGGAAGUUAUGGGGUGGAAGUUAUGCGGCUGUAACGAUUACUGCUUGGUUGAGAGAAGCAAGUGGUUUCUGGACGGCCACACCGGGACAGGGAGAGGCUGGCUCUAGAGACGGGAUGAGGAACAAAUCCAGAGAAGUGGACCGAAUCUGAUGGGGCCCCUGAGCUGAAUCUGCUUGUCGUGUCUCUGAGUUUAGGCCUGACCAUGAAUCCUACCCAGAAAUGAGUUUAGACCAAGUGACAUCUUCAAAGUGGGAAAAGGUCCUGAGUUCGAUCCCUGAAAAAAAAUCAAAAAGGGCUGGAGUCAUUGCAAAGGCCCUAGGUUCAACUCCCACCAGUAUCAUAAAAAAAAAACAAAAACAACAACAACAACCUGGAAGUGGGAAGAACAGACUUGUAGUCAAAAGGGUGUCGAUCCUGUGAAGUACUGGGUACGGAACCCAGGGCCUCGAGAUUACUGGGCAAGCGCUCUAGCCAAGCUGCUCCACGGCCCUGAUUGAGACAGGGUCUCGCCAGGCUGCCCAGGCUGAGCUCCCACUUCACCCCUCCGGCCUCAGCUUCAGGGUGGCUGGGAUCACAGGCCUGUACCACGCCAGGGACUUUGGUGUUGAGUGGGGAAGAGAAAGAAGUUUCUGCUCUCUGUUAGCAAAGACAUAAACUGACUAGAGGCGGCUCCUCUGCUGGAGGAGAAAACCCUGGACCUGGGAGGCCAGACCUUGAAAUGUCGGGCGAUGGACAGAAGGGUUUAGACGUGGACACUCGGCCUUGCACUGCCUCUCCCUUGGCCUGUUGGGCUCAUGGGUGCUGGAGGACUCUGGGCACACUGUGGGUGUCGCGGCUGAGGUGCCUAUCACCCCAGAAGUGGAGCACUAGGCCCCGGAGGUGCCAGCAGGUGGGACGAGGCCCCUGCUCCCUUUGGGUCUGGAGUGGACAUGUCCCCAGGGGACAUGUCUGUGCCCGUGUCUUGCUGUUCUGAGGAAGAUAAACCAGCUCAGCCCCUGGGCUCGGUAGCAUGGAGUGGGCACUGGCUGCUGUGGCCACAUGUACUGGGGGCCCCAGAGAUGGAGGAGGAGGGGCCUGGUCAGCAGUUCAUGUUCCAGGUUACUGCUGUCCCCUCUGCCUGGCCUCAGGGCCCGAGAGACCUGGACAGCAGGGUGGGCUGCACUCCGGAACUCUUGCCUGGCUCCUCUGGGCUUUUCUCAUCUACUGCUGUUUUCUGGGCUUGUUUCCCCAGAAGUUCUUCGAGAUGCCUUCUCCUCCCUGGGCUUUGAAGUCCAGUGCUUUUUGUACCUUGCUGUGAGCGACGUGGCCCAGGUUC